AUGUCUCUCAGCAGAGCUUUCACCAGACGGGUCAAGUCGAAGCAAUCUUUCUCGAACUUGAAGAUAUCUGCUCCCGUCGAACUGCUAUCUACGACCAAUAUGCUUUCCUACAACGCACCCGAUAUCUACCCAAGUAGAAGCGCCUCUACCUCGUCGCAAUCUGGAGACGAAUCCGACAAAUCGCUCUCCGAUAUGUCCACCCCCAUGACUUCGGCAGACUGCUCGUCGGUCGAAUCUUCGCCAAUCGAGCCAAACCACCUCUCCUGCUACUUCGGCACGGUGGCCGCGAGAUACAGUGGUGCCGACGGUGAAGCGCCUCGGAUCCCACGCAGAUCUCAGACUCACACCAAGCAGCUCAGCAUCGAGAGAUCCAUCCACAGAGGUUCUGUCUCGCAAUAUUCCCGAAAGAACAGCACGUCGACCGUUCGCUCCUCGAUCAACAUGUUCGGCGCCAACAUCGAUUCCUUCGAACCGCACCCCUUCGGCAACGAGCUCGCCCAGGUCACCGAGAUCGCGGAGGACUACGGCAUUGCUGAGGGCAUACUGGCCGAGGUCUACCAGGAAGAGCAAGAGCUGAUUGCACGGGGCCUCUUCAAGUUCGGUGCGGAAGACUACAUGAGCGAGAUCCACAACAUCUUCAUGGGCGCGUUCGGCCCUGCGGAACCCACCAUAUCAUCGGCGUGGAUCUAG